AUGUUGAACGAAUGUUGGCCCUGGCUGCUGGCGAUGGUCGCUCUGCUAGCUGCCAGCCCGGCUAAGAAUCGUCCUUUGACAAUUAAAAUCAAGAACUUUACCUGCGUGUCGAUGCAGCCAUCGCUCAUGCCAGAAUUCAACUGCAGCAACAGCAAAGUACGUGGUCAGGCCAGCAUGUAUGUGAGCCUCUUGGUGACUCAGCCAGUGGAGGAGCUCAGUCUCCUAAUUGACUUUGACAUUGUCAAGAAGGACAAUUCCAGGAUUAGCCUCAUGCACGCCAAGCUCGACGGCUGCCAGCAGUUGACCUCUGCGUCCAAGAACAAACUUCUUGGCGAAGUUUUUGAGAGAAUUUUCGAAAAUAGCAAUUUCCCAAAAUCAUGCCCAUUCCUAGCCAACAAGGUCUACACCAUACGCAACUAUACAAUCACUCUGGACAGAAUUCCCAUGGCUCUGCCUACUCUGACAUACAACUUCAAGCUCAAGCUAUAUCGGGCCAAACAGCUAUUCGGCGAUGUUUUCCUAGAGGCUUCGGCCAAGUAUUGA